AUGUUUAACCAUUCACCUGUACCACCAAAGCAACAAAACGAAAGCUAUCAACUCUUAGUCAAGUUGCUUCAAGAGGCGUGCCAUCUCGAACAUUGCUUGUUGAAUUCGUAUUUAUAUACAGCAUGCUCGAUCAAGAGUACACCUGACGAAUUUGAAAAGAUCGAUCAUGCGGAUAACAAUAUUCGUGCUGGUAUCCAAUUUGAACGUGCUCGAGAAUGGAAACAAAGUAUUUUGUUGGUAGCACAUGAAGAAAUGAUACAUUUGCACUACGUUCAAUGCAUGCUGCGUGCACUUGGAGAACGUCCUUGUUUCACGCUACCUGAUCGGCAUCCAACAACGGGAAACUGGUUUAUUCCAAAUUGGAGAGCUCAUAUUGGAGAGAAGCCGAAUAACGAAGGUGUACAAGUUCCAAUUGAACCAUUGACCUCGGAGUGCAUUCAACACUUUGUUUUGUACGAAUCAACGGAUGCGCUACAAGAUCAAGAUCCAUACGGGCCAAAAAUUAUGGCUCUAUUUGAACAACUAUUCGACUUCGAAGUCAAUUUAAACAUUGAAUCAACACUACUGAACGUCGACGAUGAACCAACUCGAAGAAAAUUAUCCAGUCAGUUGCGAAGUCUCUAUACCACGCAACUGCCACUUCUCGCACCGGCGAAACCGUUAAUAAAAGUUGCACUGGCUGAAUUACCGCCAGUAGAAGAGUUACAUUUCGCUUCGAUCGCUGAUUUUUAUCUACAAGGCGUUGCUCCAUUAUACUGGCAAGCCUUCCAUGAACAUUGGGUCGUUAACAAUAACCGCGACUUAGUAAACGAAAUGCUUUCGCCAGAUUUUGCCGGCGAAGGUUUUCUGCCUGUUGGUCCUAUCUACAGAAGUAAAAAUUUUGAUGCAUUAAAUACCCAAAAUAUGAGAAGUUAUUACCGAAAUGUCAAGAGUGUCGACCGUAUCAUUGCUGAAAUUGUUGAUGAAGGAGAAGGAUUUAAAAAUUUCGAAGAACGUGCGGAGUUCCUGUUGGAUAAAGUCAAACAUAUUGGGACACGCGAAUAUUUACGUUGUUAUCUAGAAGAGAAAGCACCGAAAACAACUUCGACAAAAUACCCGUGGCUGGCUGAUUGCGAACGACUUCGCCAGUCUCAUUUGUACCGCUUUGCCAUGAUUAUGAUGAGUAUGAAACAGGAAGCCGAUUUAGCAAACGCGGUCAACGUCACAUUCAACGCUUACAGGGAACCGGUAAAUAUAGAUAGCAACGUUACCUUGAAAGACCUUACUACUCAAAUACCUUAUUAUUUCAAUGCCUGCUAUCUUGUCAUGAUCAUGUGGCUAUCGCGAAUGUACGAAAUAGCACAUUGGGCCGGCGAUAAGUCUCAACGACAAGCUAUUGAAAUGAUUGCCACUUGGCCACUUAUGUCGCUCGCUAUACGACCGUUUUUGGAGCUCGCCUCAUUCUUUCCGAUCGAGAAGAAAGAACUUUUUUCACUUAACGCUGACUAUCUUCCGCGUUUACCUUUGCACGCUCGUCAAUUGUUUCAGCUCUAUGCUGCAGAAGACAGAUCUGAAAGGAUCAACGAGUCUCUCGAUUACUUUGGUGUGAAAACAUUGACAGAUGUCGCGAUGUGGGCAAAUGAUAAAAUCGGACCGGUUGGUAAAUCGGAUUUACCAAAUGAACAAAAAGAAAUGAUCAUUACUCGUCUCAAAGCUCUCACAGUUUUGAAUGAGUUCGAAUCACAAUUUACGUUUCGCGUUCAUGGUGGUUAUUCGAGCACGAUGCCUGAUCUAACCUAUCAAAGAGAACAUGACCGAGGUAGUCUACAAUUCGAAGAACAUCCGACCGGCGAUACUUUUAAACCCGACGACGCUGCUUUUUAUCAAGAUACGUUACUGCUGCGUUUACGGUUUUCAGGCUGGGGUCUUGUUCAAUUGGCUACCGAUCCGGAUCCACCGACUGACGAGGCUGGCUGUACGGGCACACAGAUGUUACAACCAUCCGAUGGUAAAGGACGUCGUCUAAACAGAGCUCUUGUCUGGCAAAAGCAUACCAAAGAUCUUACUGAGAUCACGCGUGGACCGCAGGGCAUUGUACCGGAAAUCGGAGUCAACUGCGUCGACGUCAGUCUGAUGGUCGCAGGUUCGAAUACCACAGUUGGGUACAUGCCUUUGCAAGUAUUGAAUAGUACGGGCGCGGUACAAACGAGCGGCGUUCAAAGUACACUCAAUAUUACCGGUUUAUCUGAACUACAACGGCUGAAACCGUCUGAUAUCACUGGCGAUUCGAAUAGAAAGAUGCGUAUUGAUCUUCUGGAGAAGAAUGGUUUCAAACCGUUGUUGCUUGGUGAAAAUCAUCUCGUAUGGAAAGACGGCGAACCGAUCGAUCCUUUCAUACUGGCUAUUUUAAUCGAUAGUAAUGAUCAAAAACAACAACCGACUCUUGUGUGUAGUCGCGAAAUUUACAAUGAGGAUAAACGCCUUCUUGAAAUGACUCCGUAUCAAAGACUUCGUAGCGGUCGUGCACCCUUCGGUUUUGAUAGUGUGAAAAAUAUUCCAGAAUGGGCUGCACAAAACUUUUCGAAAGCAGAGGCCGAACUGAUUAGCAAACCAGAAUAUCCGACCAACUAUCUCAUCGCACGAGCACAUAACCUUCAGCAAGCUCUCGAAUCAGCUAUUCAUAGCGCCGCUAAGCCACCGAAACCGGAAGAUGUGAAUAACAUCGUCUCAUUAGCUGAUCGAAUGAGACAAUUGGUACCCGAUCCAACGAAAAAGCUAUAUCGAUGGCUUCUUUAUUUACUGCAUUAUGGCCAUUCGAUCAGUGGCACGCUCAAUGCUCCAAGCACGACACCUAUACUCGAAGUCAUACGCAAAAAUACGGGUCUUUCAUGCGCUAUUACUGCCAGCAACAACCGAAACGAAACUNCGGAAGAUGUGAAUAACAUCGUCUCAUUAGCUGAUCGAAUGAGACAAUUGGUACCCGAUCCAACGAAAAAGCUAUAUCGAUGGCUUCUUUAUUUACUGCAUUAUGGCCAUUCGAUCAGUGGCACGCUCAAUGCUCCAAGCACGACACCUAUACUCGAAGUCAUACACAACAAUACGGGUCUUUCAUGCGCUAUUAAUGCCAGCAAGAACCGAAACGAAACUAAUUCAAGAUGGUUAAUCAAGUAUACUUUGGGUUUAAUGGAUGUUGAUGCACUCUCCGACUUUGUUUUUGGUGAACUAUAUAUACCUCUGACAGUCGCUAAUGCUCCAAAUCAACCCAUCCAAUUGCGUCACAGUUGGACGUUCAACAAAGGAGUCUACAAUGCAGUGAAAGACUUUGCUCUCGAUUUCUUUCGUGCUUUCUGGUCCGAUGAUUACACUUAUGAUCGCAGUAACAAUACUCGUAGUUUACAGAUCGAUACUCAGCACAAACUAAUCGAAACACUAAGUAAUCCUGCGCAGAAACAGACAAGCGGUUCAUCGUAUGGCUAUGAGUAUACACAGACGGGCUUCACCGAUAUAACUACAUGUUCUCAAAAAAUUGCACUGACUGUCAACAAGAACAAUGCGACAUUCACGUGGAAUAUCAGCUUCGUUGCCAAAACGGAAAAAGCAACAGUGAACAUGGCAAUCUUCUUUACAAACCAAACUGCUCAGGCCGAUGCUGCCUUUGAAAGAUUUCUCCUGCCGUCACCAGAUGAUUAG